AUGGCCGAUGAGGCUGCUGCAAGGGAGGAUAGGAGGGUGGGAGUGUGCAUGAGAGUCGCUAGUGGAGGGCGGGCGAGGGAGCCUAGUGGAACUGCACAAGCGCGCGCUGCCGCCACGGGCACCAGGAGCAGACCAAAUGGGGGCUCAGCAUUGGGUCGAUUGGCUGCAAGUACAGUACGGUCCGGCGAGUGGUCAGCUGCGGGUGCUGGGCUGGCAGGGCAAGCUGAGAAGAGCCGGCGGGACCCCUGGCUUUGUUUCCUCAAUUACUACGCGGCGACGUCAGACUUCAUUCAGGUGGUGGCUGAUGCCGCCUUGGGGUUGGGCUUGGGAGCCAAAGGCCUCCAGCUGCGCCUCGUUGGCACCUCGCGGAAGCAGAUUGAUGGGGCCAGCGACGGCCGGAACGGGCCCAGGGCUCUGUGGAAUCCAGUGCCUGCCCAGUGCCUGAGCACCGAGGCGGGUCACCUGGGCCCAUCAUUGAUCUACCCCCAAGAAAACGAAAUCACAGGGGCUAGGGCGACGCAAUCUAUCAAGCAGGAGAAUCUGCACGCCAUGUUUGGAGAAGGAGCCAGGGGAGCCCUCCACGUCCAGGGUGAGACCCAGCCAUUGCAGGCCUCCACAGUAAACGAUGCUGGCUGGCCCGAGCCAGAACGAAAGGGAUGCAGGAGGAUCAGCGCCACAUUUCCAAUCGGGGCACAACAAGAGUCACCCCGUCUGCUGCGCAAUCCACCCAAGCACCCCCAGGACCCCAACCGCAGUCGCCCAGAAGACGCGUCGGCCUGUAAAGACGCGGUGGUGGUGCACAGCAUCGCUGGCUCGAACCCCAUCAAGCUCAAUUCGGGGAGCAGCCGCCAAUACCCCGCGCUCAUUGGCUGA